GGAGAGCAGCCACCGCUGUAGUAUGCUCUCUCCCCACCAGUACCACACCCGAGGCAGCUUUGAUGUGAUUGAUAAAUCCGCGUCAAGUCGCUGCCUACGCCUUCCCUUUCCCCUCCUCCUCUUCGAGUUCCCCACUUUCUUUCACAUCCCUUCGCUGCUGCCCCUGUCUGAUGUGCUCUGAGCUGCUGAUGCCAAUGGCGUCCAUCAGCCAGCCAAUUCCUUCCAGCUAGCCAACUCCUUGUUUGGCCGUCGCUACACUAGGGUCAAGGGUACUCCGUCCAAUCCCAAGUCUAGUAGUACUAGGUUCUGUACAGCUCGCUUGGAGCUUGUGCUAGCUGCAUUGGUCGACAAUGGAGUCGCCGCCGCCUGCCAUGGAGUCCGGGCGGUCCUCGCCGUCCCCGGCCGCGUCGCCGGAGUUCGAGUUCUGGAUGGUGGGCAAGAACCCGGGCUCGUUCCCGUCCCCGGCCCUGCUCACCGCCGACGAGCUCUUCUCCGACGGCGUCGUGCUCCCGCUCCACACGCUCCAGCCGCCCCCCUCAGACUCCGACUCCGGCGCCGAAGCCGUAGCCGAGGACUCCACUGCGCUGCCGGAGGCCCACUGCGAUGGCGACGGCGAGCCUUCCGCGCAGCAGCCGCUCGCGGAGUGCUGCGCAGCGCCGCCGCCCGACCUCCCUGCCGUGACGUUCAAGUGGAAGGACAUCUUCAAGGCGGGCGGGGCCGAGGCCAAGGACCGGGUUAGCAAGAAGACGGAGCGGCGCGUGAGCAGCGUCAGCGGCAACUCGGAGCUCAUCAACAUCAACAUCUGGCCCUUCUCCCGGAGCCGCUCCGCCGGCCACUCCGCCUCCGCCUCCAUGAACGGCGCCACGAGCAAAGCCAAGGCGAAUGCGACUGCGAAUCCCAACAACGCCAAUGCCAAUGGCGCCGCGGGUGCCGUCGUCAGCGGCGCGCUGGCGAUGGCAUCGUCGUCCGGGGCGCCGGCCGGGCGCAAGGUGAGCAGCGCGCCCUGCUCCCGGAGCAACUCCCGCGGCGAGACCUCCGGCCCUGCCACGGCUGCCGUCGCCGUCUCGGCGGCGGCAGCGGCUGAAGCGGCCGCCGCCGCCCAGGCUGCUGGUGGUCCCACCUCGAUGCUGAGGAGGUGGGUGCCCGGCGGCCAUGGCCGGGCGGCAGGCGCCGGCGCCAGCGGCAUUCGGCUCGGGCGUGCCAGCCCCGUCUGGCAGCUCAGGCGUAACAAGCUGCAGCAGCAACAGGCCGCCGCCGAGCAGAAGCAGCAACAGGCCAUGGCCAAGAACAAGGCCGCCCCUGCCGCCGCUGCCGGGACCCAAGACGACGACAAGCCUGCGGCAGCGACGAGCGUGAGCGCGCCGACGGCGGCCGCGUGCAGGAACAACGCGAGCUGCGCGGAAGGCGUCGGCGUCGGCGUCGGCGCGGGCGAGGAAUGCAACCCUCCGCAGGGGCUGUUCGGGCUCCGCACAUUCUUCUCCAAGAAGGUGUACUGAUGAUAACAGAUCGAAUUCACCAAGGGCAUCCGUUUGCGUCAUGGCAUGCCACACUUGUACAUAGGAUUGGAAGCCGCUAUAGGCUCAUCUUCUUCUUCCAUAAUCUUCUCAUCUCCUUCCCUUCAGUUCCAUCAAUCCGUAGGAGUACGUAGGUUCUUCCAUCUCCUCUGUGCUGUACUACUGCUAGUAGCACUUAAGCUAACUAAGCUCAGCUCAAGCUGCCGUCCUCCUCUCCAA